UAGUCAGUCUGUUCAGGGUUCCAGGACUGAUCUUUAUCUUAGCUGGAGGAUGCUUUUUCCCCAGAGAUGGCAACAGUUUCCCAAAAGCUGGUGAGGAAUAGAUUUAAAGCAAUUUAAUAACAAUUACAGAAAGAGAUUACAUUUUUCAAUCAAGACACUAAUCAAGACUUUUUUUUUUUUUUAACCCAGCCUUCGGGGAGUUGGGGAAGAACACAGUUGCCCUUAGUUUUUCCGCAGGGAAACUAGCAGGGGGCCUGGGCACUGCCAUGAAGGGAAACGGAGGUACAGUCCGGCACAUUCUAAAACAAGCGCCCUUCCCCGCCUGGAGCGCAAGGAACGUGGCCCCCACAGUGGUAGAGUUAGGGACGCACUGGGUGCGAGUUGGGUCCGAGGGGGUAAGGAGGAGGGCAUAGGACCGAGGCCGGCGGGGCCAUCUGGAAGGGCCUCACCAGCUUUCCUGAGGGCCGUGGGUGUCGUGGUGUAGGGUCGCGCAGCUUCAGAUAACAUUACUCGGUAAUUACUCUUCCCAUUUAAAGCCCAUGCCGUUUAACUGGCUCCGAGUAAUUAAUGAAAGUUGGUGCGCGGUCCCCUGAUUUACGGCUCCGAGUCAGCUCGGGGUCAGCCGAACAGAUUCAUUUCGCUCGCCCGCGCUGCCCCGGAGCAAGAGCCGCGGUGUUUGUUUUUGAAGAAGAACUUUCUCUGGCGAGCGGUUGGCGGUUUUCAUACUUCACUUGCCCGAGGUUCGACUCAGAAGCAGAAGGCAAGGUGGAAGAAGACAAGGGCGUAAAUGAAUUGGAAAAGGCGGGGAGGAUACAGCACAGUCACCUUCGACGGGACGCCCAGCUACGGUCACACGCCCUCGCACCACGCGGCGCAGUUCCCUAACCACUCUUUCAAGCACGAGGACCCCAUGGGCCAGCAGGGCUCUCUGGGCGAGCAGCAGUACUCUGUGCCGCCCCCCGUCUAUGGCUGCCACACCCCCACCGACAGCUGCACUGGCAGCCAGGCCCUUCUGCUGAGGACGCCCUACAGCAGUGACAAUUUAUACCAAAUGACCUCCCAGCUUGAAUGCAUGACCUGGAAUCAGAUGAACUUAGGAGCCACCUUAAAGGGAGUUGCUGCUGGGAGCUCCAGCUCAGUGAAAUGGACAGAAGGGCAGAGCAACCACGGCACAGGGUAUGAGAGUGAUAACCACACCACGCCCAUCCUCUGCGGUGCCCAGUACAGAAUACACACUCAUGGCGUCUUUAGGGGCAUUCAGGAUGUGCGACGUGUGCCCGGAGUUGCCCCGACUCUUGUCCGGUCGGCAUCAGAGACCAGUGAGAAACGCCCCUUCAUGUGUGCUUACCCGGGCUGCAAUAAGAGAUAUUUUAAGCUGUCACACUUACAGAUGCACAGCCGGAAGCACACUGGUGAGAAACCAUACCAAUGUGACUUCAAGGACUGUGAGCGAAGGUUUUCUCGUUCAGACCAGCUCAAAAGACACCAAAGGAGACACACAGGUGUGAAACCAUUCCAGUGUAAAACUUGUCAGCGAAAGUUCUCCCGGUCUGACCACCUGAAGACCCACACCAGGACUCAUACAGGUAAAACAAGUGAAAAGCCCUUCAGCUGUCGGUGGCCCAGUUGUCAGAAAAAGUUUGCCCGGUCAGACGAACUAGUCCGCCAUCACAACAUGCACCAGAGAAACAUGACCAAACUCCAGCUGGCGCUUUGAGAGGUCCGACCCGGGGACAGUUCUGUGGCCCAGGCAGGACAGUGUGUGAACUGCUUUCCAAUCUGACUUUAAAGUUCCUCCACACUCACCUCUCUAAGAAGGAAAUGGCAGGUGAUCUUCAUCCAGCUUCCAAGACAAGAUGCCUGUACCACUGGAUCCUACCAGGUUUGCCCGGAGGAGUUGGGCUCUGCUUUGCCUGCUUUUAGUCAGCUCGAAGGCCCUGGAGAAGUGGCUAACAAUGUCCAGUUAGUUAAAAGCCCAUCUCUGCCAUUUGGUCUGGAUUUUCACUGUAAGAAGAGCCAUUGUUGAUAAUGUCCCCCCGCCCUCUUCUUCUCCUUUUACGCUCUUUUCACUAGGAAUGGAGUCAUUGUACCAUUUUCCAUCAUAGAAUAUUUAUAGGCCAGGGCAUGUGUAUGUGUCUGCUAAUGUAAACUUUGUCAUGGUUUCCAUUUACUAACAGCAAGAAAUAAAUCAGAGAGCAAGGCACUGGGGGUGAGUCCCGUCCGACAUUCCGGAGGUUAGGCAGGCCACUAACCUGGAAGGCAGGAUGUAGGACUACCAUGCAACUUUAAAAAUUUCGUGUGUUUCAAGCAGCUGAAAAAAAGAAUCCGAACUAACCAGUACCUCUGUAGAGAAACCUAAAAGAAUUUUUCCAUUCAGUUAAUACAAUGUUAACAUUAGCACAAUGCUGUUAAGAGACUGUGCUUGAAGAUCUGAGAUUUUGGUUUUGUUUAUUUUUGACUUUUUUGAGCGGUAAUCCUACGCAUCUUCAGAGAUGUACAUAUUUCCUCACACAAAAAAAGUGGAAUUCAUUAUUAUCAUUUGGGGUGUCCUUUGAGUGUACCGACCACGCUGGUUAUGUGGCUUCAAGUUGUAAAAAUUAAAGGGACUCUGAAAGAAAAUAGGGCUGGUCCAGGAUCUCCACUGAUAACUUUGAGUCUACCAGUGUAUGUGAAAAAAAUGAGACUGGUGUGAGGAAAUCCAUUGUUUAAAGGUGGUUGGGUGUGUGUAUGUGUGCGUGUGUGUGUGUGCAAACGAGGGUGUUUGUUAUUUACUGUUGCUUGAACUUAUUGUGUAAAUAAAAAUACUGAUAAUGAUUUGCUCUUUGACAACUGAAGUUAGGAAAUGUAUAAAUGUUAGAUGCAUCACUGUUUUGGUGUUGAUCUUACAACGUAUCAAUGAUAACACUAAAAAUGUAACCUGCAUUUUUCACUUCGCUCUCAAUUAAUUAAAGUCUAUUCGAAAGGAAAGUGGCAA